AUGUUCUCUCACACCCCAACUCCUAAGAGCGAUCAGGUCGCUCUCAUCAGCAAGCCUGUCAUACAAGAGCACAACGAUGUUGUUGUGGAGCAAAUUCACCCAGAUAAGCCAGACUACCAAGACUGCCCAGAAUUCCAGGCAGCCCGCAAGCACGAAGCCUUCUUACAACAUAUUCACGCCUCGUCAGCAUGGAUGGGUGAAAUGUAUUUCAGCAAGAUGUCUGAUCAAACACGGCAAGAUUUCGACGAAAGUACCGACAAGACUAAACGAUACUGGGCGCAACAUCCCGACCUUUUCUUGCUCCAUUUUGGUAACUCUGGAUCGAGCUCUGAGGCAUCCAGUGGGAAUCAGUCAACGCUGCCGACGCAGGUUUCGUCUGAUCCUGCUGAAGAUGAUGGGCACGGUGGUUACAAGACUAUCAUCCACGCACCAAGGCCGCGACGCAAGCAGAACAUUGCUGCCGACUGCGAGGAAAUGGUCAAACGAGCUGAAGGCUACGACCCAAUUUCCUCUGCUGCCUACGACGCUGGCCACGAUGCGCCCGACAGAUCUUCGGGGCAGCCUGGCAACUACGAGACGUCCCAGACUGGGUGGCAACAACGUCUAUAUGCAUUGUGGGGACGACAUCAGAACUACACGCGACCGAGCUUCGUUCAUUGGUAUCCUGAGGAGUAUACACAGUGGUCGCAGGGUCAACAGUUACCUCCGUAUCAGCAAUGUCAUCCCCAGCCACCACCAGGGUACUCGCAAUACCAUGCUGCCCAGCCGAUGUAUACGCCUGAGUAUCAUGCUCGGUACCAGCAGCAGUAUAUCCCAUGGCAGCCAGGAUUUGGCUACUACCGACAGUUGCCAGUACAGUGGCCAGCAUAUGCGCCACAUCAACGCCCGCGUCCUAGCAGUUAUGCGGAAGAGAUGACACGGAUGGGCUUCGCACGAUGA